AUGAAGCUUACCACCCUUAUCAGUGUCGCCUUCUUGGCUCAGAGCUCUCUCGCACACCCAGGCGAAAGUGCUGCACAGCAUGCGCGAGACGCUGCUGAGCGAAGAGCCUACUUGGCGAACAACAAGCGGUCUCUUGCGCACUGCGAUGAUACACUCAAGGCGCGUGGUAACGAUAUCACUAUGCACGCUCGUCGCAGCGCCAUGGUGGAAAAGCUUCGAGCUAAGCGGGCCAUCGCCCAAGACAAGCCAUACCUGCGCAUCCGUGACCUUGAUACUGUGCUUGCUACCGAUCACAAGUCGAACAUGACUGGCGUGACUGCCAACACCGAUCCCGCCACUCUCUUUGCAGGAAACAACUCCUGCAUUCUUACACCUGAAGUCACACAAGGUCCUUACUGGGUUGAAGGCGAGCUUGUGCGAGAAGACGUUACCGAAAACCAAGAGGGCAUCCCUAUGACGUUGGACAUCCAGAUCAUCGAUGUGAACACAUGUGAACCUGUUCCCCAGGCUUACCUCGAGAUGUGGCACUGCAACGCCACUGGUGUGUACUCUGGUGUUGUGGCUCAAGGUAACGGGGUUGGUGAAGAUGACGAGUCAAACUUGCAGAACACUGCAUUGCGUGGCAUCCAGCAGAGCGACGAAAACGGUGUUGUUGUGUUUCAGACCAUCUUCCCAGGACAUUACACCGGCCGUGCUACGCAUAUCCACGUCAUGUCCAGACUCAACGCAACCGUAAACGCCAACUCGACCCUCUCGGGCGGCCACAUCACACACGUGGGACAGAUGUUCUUCGAUCAGGACCUUAUCACACUCGCCGACACGGUAGAACCCUAUGCUAGCAACGAACAGGAACUUACUUCGAACUCGGAUGACUCUAUCCUCGCUGAAGAAGCCGAGGAUGUUGAUCCAUUCGUGGAGUACGUCAUGCUGGGCGAUGACAUCUCUGAGGGUCUCUUUGGCUGGUUGGCGUUCGGCAUGGACUCGACCAACUCUUACAACAUCACCCCCGCGGCAUACUGGACUGAAGAGGGAGGUGUUGAGAACGAGAAUUCUGGUGGUAUGGGCGGCGGUCCUGGCGGUGCUCCAAACGGUACUAUGCCUUCUGGUACUGUUAUGCCUACGGGAGCCAUGCCUUCAGGAAAUGCUGUAGAGUCAGGCAUGAGUACCACGGUUGUCUCGUCACUGAGUACCGCUGUUGCUUCAUCAGCCGCGUCCUCAGUUGCCAGUGAGAUCACCCCUGGCGCCGCUGGAGUUACUAUGCCUUCUGACGCUCCUCAGGGUGGACAUGGACGUGGUAAGGGCCACCAAGACCAUGCCAACGAAGAGAAGCAGCGGAACCGACAUAACACCCAUGUUCAAGGACAGUACUAA